CCUGCUGCCCUUGAUGUGCACCGAAGGAGGAGCUGCCCUCUAACACCUCCACUUCCUCCUUCCACCCCAGGAACGCACUUCUCACCAUGAGGCUGCUAUUCCUUCUUUUCCUCCUUCUUGUAUGUUUUACUCAGACAACUUCAGGGCGCAGAAGAAAUUUGAAAUAUCUUAUGUGUGAGAAAAUGGGUGGCAUUUGCAAGUACCAGAAAACCCACGGGUGUUCCAUCCUGCCUGCAGAAUGCAAGAGCCGAUACAAACACUGCUGUAGGCUUUAAUGGCAGCUCGCUGGCAUGUGC